CGAUCAAAGAAAGAAAAUAAUAUAUUCCCUUACAUGUGACGUCACGUGCACCGCCGCCGUUGCUAGGAUACGGCAAACUAUGACAGACCCGUAAACUAAACUAAAACACGUAAAACUAUCAAAGAACGACAUCAGAUUUCAAAAUGGAGAUUAUGUAUGUAUACACCAAAAAACGCAGGGAGUUUGGCCGCCAGUGUAACUUUUCAGACAGACCGGCUGAGCUUCACGUGGACAUCUUACCCGACCCUUCCCUGGCUGCCAACUUCAUACUGAGAGAUCCAUGUGAUGUAGUCGUACAGUGUGCUCAGGAUAUGUCUGAACACGAGGUGAACACAGUGUGCAUUGUAUCUGAAUCAAGAGGAAUAAACCAUGUGGAGGGUGGGUGGCCGAAAGAUGUCAACCCGGAGGAAGUGGAGGCGACCAUCCGCUACAGAAAGAAAGUGGAGAAAGAUGAAAACUAUCAGAAUACGACUGUGCAGCUUGCUAGUCUCAUGGAGCACUGCAUUAAGCAGAACAACGCCAUUGACAUCUAUCAGGAGUAUUUUGAAGAUGAAGAGGUGCUUGAGGAAUCAGAGGAGCAACCAUUAGCUAAGACCAUCAAUAUCUUUAGAGAUCCGAAUGAAGUGAAGCGUACAGCCACCACUUUGUCCUGGCACCCAGACGGCAACCAUAAGCUCGCUGUUGCCUACUCUUCCCUGGAAUUUCAGAAAGCACCCAAAAACAUGAGCUUUGACUCCUACAUAUGGGACAUUGAAAACCCGAAUAAACCUGAGAUGACUCUUAAACCCGUAUCUCCACUGGUUUGUCUGGAGUACAACCCUAAAGAUUCUCACAUCCUUGUUGGGGGAAGCUACAAUGGACAGAUUGCUUAUUGGGACACACGGAAAGGGAGCCAGCCGGUAGAGAUGUCUGCCGUUGAGCAUAGUCAUAGAGAUCCUGUCUACAAAGUCAUCUGGCUGCAGUCGAAAGCAGGCACUGACAUCUUCUCGGCUUCUACAGAUGGUCAGGUACUGUGGUGGGACAUUCGUAAGAUGAGCGAGCCCACAGAAAGACUCGUACUAGACCCCAGUAGAAAAGGUAACAUUGAGAAUGCCUAUGGUGCCACCUCUCUGGAGUUUGAGACCACUAUGCCCACUAAGUUCAUGGUGGGCACAGAGCAGGGUUAUGUGAUCUCAUGCAACCGCAAAGCAAAAACCCCUGCUGAAAAGAUCGUGUGCACAUACGGCAGCCACCACGGCCCCAUUUACGCCCUCCAAAGGAACCCAUUCUUUCCUAAGAACUUCCUGAGCGUGGGUGACUGGACAGCCCGCAUCUGGUCUGAAGAUAUCAAAGAGUCCUCCAUCAUGUGGACCAAGUAUCACACUACCUCUCUAUUAGAUGGCUGCUGGAGUCCAGUGAGACCUUCAGUCUUCUUCACAGCAAAAAUGGACGGAACCCUUGACGUUUGGGAUAUCCUGUUUAAACUAAACGACCCCACUCUCACCCUUAAAGUUUGCGAUGAAGCUCUGUACAGCAUCCAGGUACAAGAGAACGGACGUUUCUUGGGUUGCGGCUCUGAGCUGGGAACAGUGACCAUGCUGGAGGUUUCAGCGGGCCUGUGCACACUCCAGAAGAAUGAGAAAGUUUUGGUCUCAGAGAUGUUUGAACGUGAGACAAAGCGAGAGAAGAUUCUGGAAUCUCGACUCAGAGAGAUGCGUCUGAAGGAACGCAGUCGCUCCGAGCAGAGCAGAGAGGAUGAGGGAAAAGAGGGAGACAAGGAGGAGUCUGUGGAGGAACUGAUCGCCCGUCAAGAUCAAGAGUUCUUCGAGAUUCUGGAAACCGAGACGAAAAAUGAGAGGAAUCGCGAGAAAGACAGAGAUCAGGAGAAAGACGUGUGUGAUGAAAAGAACAUACAAGACGAGAAAUAAACUAAUGGUGUCAAGAAGGAACAGUU